UUUUCACGUUCCAUCUCUCCCGCGCCGAAUGAAGAUGUCAGGACGCAGCCUAGUCUCCGUGCCUCUCCUCCACCUGGUGUUCGCCGUCAGCCUCAGCGUCAGUUUACUAUGUCGAGCCGAGGCAGAGAUCCCGCCGUUCGCUGCCUCCAACACGGCCGCACCCGCCGAGCACAAAGACCUUCCAGCGACGCAAACCAGACUGCUGACGAUAAAGACGGUUUUCAGCACCUUGGUCAGCACCGUCAGCCACACUGUACUGGUGUACCCCACGUGUACCACCGCCGGGCCUGGCGUGUCGGUGUGUCCUGUUGGUGACCCGCUGCCGACGCACCUCAGGACAGCCGCCGCGCCGCCGACCGUCACCGUCACGAUGACGCCGCCGGUGCCAGGGGAAAGCAUCGAGCCUAGUACUACCUCUAACAUGAUGGAGGUGGUGCUGCCCUCGUGCGACUGUGGCGGCGGCGUGGAGGGGAGCCGCACGCCGAAGUUCAUGCGGAGCGAGGCCGUCAUCACGCUCAAGACCACAACUGUGCGCACGGUGGAUGUAGUCUUCACCGCCACGGCCCCGACCACGGUAUCCCUCACCUACUACGGCUGUGUGCCCCCCGAUGUCGUCUCCACUACUCCGUGCCUUCCCAUCACCACUUCAACUUAUACCACCAACACCACCCCUUCCAGCUCCUCCUCUUCUCCUCCUCCUCCUCUUCUUCCAGCUAAACUAGACGAUUAUUCACCCUUAUAGUCACAACUCUCUCUCAGUGCUCCCUCAGACUCGAGUUAGCGCUGCCCUCAAAGGAGCAAAAUUUAACGUCACAAGGUAGGAACACGUGACACUACUGCUGCCAUCACUUCGGCAACGACAAGCCCUGCCACAACGCCAAGAACGGUAGACCUCUAACGAAAUCAGAUCUAUUCUAAACUAACAUUUCAGGUCGUUGGUAUAAGCCCCAUUACUCUAUUAGUACCUCCAUGAUGUAAGCCCGAAUCGAGAUAUCAUGGCGGCCAACCUAUAUGAUUAAGUUAACCCUCAAAGCUUUUGUUGUCAUGCUCCUCUGCUGUCAUUCCUUCCCGUUACAGAUUGCUUCCUACCUUUGCUUGAGUUCCCCCUUCACCAUACGCUCUUUCUCCAGCUUAUGUCAUCCUCUCCUGCUGCCCCUCCUCUCCGCUAAAGAUGGCCUUCUACUUUUGCCUGAGUUCCCCUUCCAUCAUACAUUCUACCCUUCUUCUUGUUAGUGCCUCCAAAGCGUUACUCUUCAGGGCCCCUCCACACUGUAGCCUUCCAGAGUACAUGGCUGUCUUGCAUUCUACUCUCGUCCUUAGUCUCCUCCCAUAAAACAAUUUCUCUCGUACUCUCAUAAACCUGACAAUAAACUUCUAGUACAAACUUAUUUUAUACGGGGUUUUAGCGGGGGGAUAAUUGCCUCGACGGCCCAUCUUCCCUCUAGCCCUUACUUUGUGUUGUUCUCAAUGAUGGUGCAAUAAAACCAUUUUCCACG